CUGGCUUGGAAGCUGGUUGUUUGCCCACAUACUCUUAACAGGAGCGAUACGGGAGCAGCAACUGGUUCGUCCGUCUUACCGGUGCUGCUGCUGCUACAGCACCUUCUACAAUCAGGGGAAAACAGACUGGCCGACGCAUUUGACGACCAAUUUCGGUGGAAUAACGCUGCACCAAGCUGCUUUCAUACAUAUCUGCAGGACACAGCUUCUUCGCCAAUGGCAAGUCCGGUUGCAGACAUAGGACAGUCUCAUCAGCAUCACCCCGUGAACGAGUCGGCCGCACAGUCCGCGUUUCUGGAGGCGCAGAAAUGGAUAGAGGCUGUGACAGGAAGAUGUUUUGGUGAGAAGGAUUUCCGAGGAGGUUUGGAGAAUGGAAUACUACUGUGCGAGUUGCUGAGCUCAAUUAGACCUGGACUGGUGAAGAAAAUCAAUAGACUUCCAACACCGAUUGCUGGCCUAGACAACCUCAGUGUGUUUUUGCGUGGCUGUGAGGAGUUAGGACUGAAGGGCUCCCAGCUCUUUGACCCUGGAGACUUGCAGGACACAUCAAUACGCCCCACGGCCAAGGGAAGUGACGGCAGUCGAAAGCUCAAGAAUGUUUUAAUUACUAUCUACUGGUUGGGUCGUGCUGCCAAUAGCUGUACAUCCUACAACGGGCCCACGUUGGACCUGAAAGAGUUUGAGGGCCUGCUGUCACAGAUGCGAAAGGAGACAGAAGAGGCAGAGAGCCCUAAACGCAGCAUCCGGGACAGUGGCUACAUUGACUGCUGGGACUCUGAGCGCAGCGACUCUCUCUCUCCGCCACGCCACGGGCGCGAGGAUUCAUUCGACAGCCUGGACUCCUUCGGAUCACGCUCAAGACAAACCCCGUCACCAGACGUCCUGGUCGCCCGCGGCAGCAGUGAUGGCCGUGGCAGCGACUCGGAGUCUGACGGCGCUCCUCACCGGAAGAUGCCAGACGUUCGUAAGGAUGACAUGUUGGCACGACGGACGUCUGUCAGCGAGCCACGAACCGCCGUACCCUUUAACCAGUACCUGCCCAACAAGAGCAACCAGAGUGGAUAUCUGCCAACGCCACUACGCAAAAAGAGCAACGACAAAGAGGAGGGAGGACGCAAGAGCUGGAGUACCGCCACUUCACCUGUAGGGGGUGACAGACCUCUUAGUCUAAAUGAGGUCUGUAGCUUAGAAAUCCCUCCUGGAGAAUCCCCUAGUCCAUCCCCCGCCCUGCCCCUUAAACCCUGUACACAGAUUCAAAAGGAGAACCACAUUAAAAAGGACAAGCACGAAGGGAGGCAGUCUGCAUCUCCGCCUUGCAUUGAGAUCCAUACAGCAGGCAAAAGAAGGAGAAGUGAGCCUCUGCCCAGUAGUCUCCCCCAGCCCCAAGCAGAGCCCCCAAGAGAGACUGUAAUUCAUCUGAUGGUCACCUCUGAGCAAAGUACUCCAGCUCGCUCGUGCUCAGAGGAAUUCUUCCACCAUUCGUCGACCCUAGCAGCAAAUGCCACGGCCGCCUCCGUGUUUCAAACGAGCCCCAUCAACACAGCUGGGAAGCAUUCACCUGUGACACACCAGGAGGAUGUCGCAAUAAGGAAAGGAGUUCCUGGUUCUCUGGUAGCUGCAGAUGCAAAAGGAGAUGAUAAACAGGCUUGUCAAAUACCGACCUCACCCAAAUGUAUCGUCACCCUGAGUCCGUCUAGCUUCCUUCCCGUGCCCACUGCCAUGGCAACCGCAUCAACAGAAACGACUGAUACGUGCCGGCAGAAGGGAAAGCCACAGACUGAAAUGGAUGAAGGCACGUCUUGGGUGGACAGCAGUCUUCCAGCAAAAUUCAGCCACACAGAUUGUGUGUCAGAUGAUCCGCAGAGUGUGAGUAUGAUCGACAUGCGUGGUGAGGAAGAAGCCACGUUACAGCCGCACAGUCAGGUGCGUCAUGAGCGGAUGCAUAACCAGUACAACAAAAUGAAGGAAGAGGAGGACCACUGGCAGGAUGACCUGGCCCGAUGGAAAAGUCGGAGGAGGAGUAUUUCCCAGGAUCUGAUCAAAAAGGAGGAGGAAAGGAAGAUGAUGGAGCGCCUGAUGUCAGGAGACACCUAUACCUCUCAGAGGAGAAGAAGCAUCAAGACCUAUAGGGAGAUAGUAGAGGACAAGGAGCGUCGUGAGGAGGAUCUACGGCAGGCAUACAAGAAAGCCAAAACUCCUGAGGAGGCGACUGCCAUUCUCCAACGUUACGCCCAGCGUUUCUCCAUAAGCGAAACAGUCCUCGAACGCCUGCAGCUGCCAAAGUUGUUGGACCGCAGCAUAUCCGCUGACCCCUCCUUCCCCACCUCACCUUUCCCGCUCUCCCUCUCCCUGUCAGCCUCUCCCACGACACCAGACCCUUUCGAUUCUGACUUCAAUGGGCCCAUGAGGUAUCUGCGCCAGCAGUCUGCCCCGACUCCAAAGUUUACUUCUACAUUUGAGGCGCGAAUCGAGGAGUUUCCCAAAGAACCGUCCUCACACCAGCGGUCUCAGAUACGCUCUCGCUCCUCUGAACCGCCAUCAACCCGAGCCCUGUCACCCAAACCGGUGCCUUUGCUGAUGCCCAAGCCUUAUUUCCAGGCCCGACCUGCAGGAGGUGAAACUUGGAACAACAAGGUGGAUGGUUUGCUGCGAGUAAAUGGUGACGUUGGAAGUGACGAUGUUCCCACCACACCUGAGAGUCAAGGGAGGGACUCGCCUCCCCAUUUUCAGGCAUCCCCUUCCCAAAGCAAAAACAGCACUGUAGAUGGUGCUGUAGAUGUUCCCUUGUCAGAAACCUCACUCCCUCACAGUACCCACACCUCUUCUAGGGAAGGAAGUCCAGUGUCAACAAAGGCAAAGGAGACACAAGAUGUUACAGAGAUAGCUUCUGAGGACACUCAGGAGGUCCAGGAGGAGAAAGUCACUGAGUCAACACCACCCAGCCGGCCCACCUCACUCCCAUCAGAGCUGCAGAAGCCACAGGAAAGCUUUGGAAAGACUGGAAACCAGACAGCAGCUGCUUCAGAGGAAGAAAAGCCAAAUGCUGUAGCUCAUCAAAACCCACCUGCAGGUAAAGCCAAACAAGAACAAGAAAUGUCCAAACCAUCUAGUGAAGACCUCUCUAAUCUUGUCCAGUCUGGGGUUGAUAUACAGUCAUAUCAGCCAGCCAAUGAUCCCUGCUCCCAGGAGCUCUUACCGAGGUCAGAGAUGUCAUCAAGCUCAGCUCCACCAGGAUCAUCUGCUUAUCACCAGCAAUGGGAAACAAAAGCAGAGCUUGCAAACAGUGUCAGGUCUUCGUUGGCAACCAGCAGCCCUAAAUUACGCUGGGAGUUCUUCGCUCUGCAAGAAGAGGCGGAAAAGGAUCACCGUGGAAAUGUGUCAGUUCCGGUGUUACCCCAGGCCAAGCGGGGAGACCGCUGGUCUUGGGACCCGGAUGAGGAGCGAAAGCGUCAGGAAAGGUGGCAGCAAGAGCAGGAGCGCAUGCUGCAGGAGAAGUACCAGCGUGAGCAGGAGAAACUGAAGGAGGAGUGGGAGAAAGCACAGAAGGAGGUGGCAGAGGAGGAGAGGAAGUACCACGAGGAGGAGCGUCGGAUACUGGAGGAAACUGUGACGCCUCUGACGCCCCGCUCUUCCGCCCUGCCCUCCCCCAGUCGAGGUGAACUCUCCUCUCUCCCAACUGAUCCUCAGGACACUAUCGUUCGUUCUCUUGCUGACUGGGAACGUAAACAGGAACUGCUGGAGAGGCAAUCGAGGGAGAGCACAGAGAGCGUGGAUCUGAAACGGAGAGAAAAUGACCGGACUAGUGACAUCAGCACCGCUGAUGACAGCAUGAAAACAGCCAGAAGCUCAAUGAGUCAGAGCAGCAGUCAGGUGGAGAAAUUUGGUCACAGCCUACAGAAUGGCCAAAAGCUUCCUCCGGUGCUGGCCAAGUCUUCAACUCCAGUCAAGAAACAACAAGAACUCCCAGCAGACGGCAGCAAACCUCCAGGAGGACGAAGGAGUGGCCCUAUUGAUAAUAACAUGGGCCGCAGCUCAUCAAAAACCCCUGCAGCAUGCCCACCACCCUCUGACGCACUGCCUCCAGCACCCAACAGGUCUGUCAGUGGGAAGAAGCUGUGUUCCAGCUGUGGUCAGCCAUUAGGGAAAGGGGCUGCCAUGAUCAUAGAGACCCUCAGCCUCUAUUUCCACAUCCACUGCUUUAAGUGUGGCGUGUGUAAAGGACAGUUAGGCGAUACAACCACAGGGACGGAUGUUCGAAUAAAAAACGGCCUCCUCAACUGCCACCAGUGCUACAUCCGCUCCCGCUCUGCCGGACAGCCAACCACAUUGUGACGCUCGACUGACAAGCACAAGGUUCAAAGGAAGAACCCCCCCAUCCCUGUUUUAACCUGAUUAUCUGCAAAUCACGUCCUUCGCAGCGUGUCAGAAUCUUUGCAUCUUCUGCAGUUCGAUAACCAUUCAAGAUUCAUUAUGUGGCCCAAAUGUGGGGGAAAAAAAAAUCUUCAUAUGUGUGUCAUCUGAUGCAUGAGUGAAAUCUGGAUUUGAUUGGUCCUCAUGCCACCACAGACUGUGUUUCAUCACGCAGCAGCGAGAAAAAGACUGCUCUGAGGCGGCAGCCAUGUUGAAAAGAAAACACAUCUGCAGAUGCUUCAAACACAGGUAGACUAUGUUGAUGCCCUGUACUGUCUGAAUGAACACACAAAAACAAACAAGGUGUUCAAAAAUGUGAAUUAUUGCCAGUAUAUUAUAUCACUUUUUAUCGUUUAAGAGAGAUUUUCUUAAUUUGGAGGGAUAAGCAUCCAAAAACUGGAAAGAAUAUAGAUUAUGCGGUAAGGCAGCUAGGCAGACAGAGAGCCUAAACAGGUUUAAUCCAAAACACAUUAAUAAAUGUAUCCUCCUUCAGUUAAGUGAUAAAUUACAGCAAACAGAUAUAGAAAGUGCAAUAAAGGUGACUAUUUAGACUCAAAUACAAUAUAGAGCAAGCCACUAUUUUUAUCCUUUGGCCAUUGCAGUGACCUCCAGUGUCUCUUUUUCUUUACAGAAUAAAAUUAGCUUCGAGUAUAAAGACAUAGUAUGGAUGUAGGUUCAUCAUUAGGGCAAUAACAGGACUUAAAAGCUGGUUUUGUGCUUUUGGGUCACAGCAGGUUGUUCCUCUUCCAAUCUAUCAGCUUGGAAAGUCAAGACUUCAAUGUGCCUUAGGAAAGCAAGGUGAUGCAGGAAAAAACACCAGCUGUAUGAUGGUGUUUUAUUUCUCCUUUAUUUUAUGUUGUUUUAUUUUAUUUUGUUGGAGGGAUCUGGCCAAAUUUUAAACUGCAGACAAGAAGGCUGCAGCUCUCCCUCACAUCACGCUUUAUUUUAGUUGAUAAGUACUGUUUAUUUUCACUCAAAUUUGAUUUCCUAAUUCCCCCGCCUCCCUUCCUCUGUGGUUUGCAGUGCUAUAAAAAAUGCAAAGACUGGAAUAAAAUGAGAUAAAGCGUGUGAUGUCUACUUGGUAAAAGACAGAUUAUGUAUACUGCAGGGGAAAAUUUCAUUUAAUUUGGAUGUUUUAUUCUAGAGUGAUAUAGACUUCUCUAUGCUUUUAAUUGAGGUAAUUUUGAUAAUGGCUCAAUGAUAGAAUUCAUUUAUACCUUGAAAAUUAAAAAAAAAAUCACUAAUACACGUUAUUACUAGGUAAAGAGCAAAAAUACUAUAAACAUAUACCAGCAGCAGCUGCACCUGUGCAAUAUUUGGUUGGAUGAAAACUAAAGAUUUGUGGCGCUGGCUGCACAUUUUCAGUCACUUGCUUCUUUUUUAAGGUGUAUGAGAAGAGCUCUUCCUGUUAUGUGUUGUGGAUGUAAUGAAAAAAAGUGCACGUUUAAGCCUAAAACCAAAUGAUUUGCUGUAUGAAAGCAAACUAGCAAACAGCCUCCUUUUUCUCCUCCUGAACUGUGUCCUAUAGCCAAGCUUCCCCUCUGGGGUCAUCUCUUGAUCUACAGUAUUUUUAAACUUCUGUUAUGAUUGUGUAUUUUUUUUUUCUCAAUUUAGUUAACGAAUAAUUGUCAAGCCCAGUCUCUUAUAGCGGGAUCUUUGAGACGGAGCUCUAUAUUCAGACGGUCUUCUUAUCGCAGGAUAGUUGGGGAAUGAAACCUUUUACGUCUGUUCUGUAUUUAUUGUAAUAUUCACCUGAGCACUAUGCGAAAUAUAGAUUAAUUUGAUGUUUAAAUGCAUUUGCAUUUAUAGCAUACUGUAUGUUUAUAAAUA